ACCAUUAUAUCAAAACCUUUGCUUCACAAAGAGUAAUUGCCCCUUCAACUCCUUCAUUUCCCUCAUUCAACAACACAAAAAAGAAGCUUUGAUUUAGGUCUGUUUAUUAUUCCUUCUUCUAGCUGAGAAAGUGAGAAACUUACUAUGUGGCGUCUUCUGAGUGUGGUGACUAGGAAACUGCAAAACACAAAGAAGAGUUCAUCAAGGGUGGCUGAUGAGAACAUGUUUGAGGCUGCUGCAAACGGAGGAAGAAGGGAGCAUGGUUGGAGUGGAAUCUCUCUUAUAUAUGGCAUUCUUCAUGCUCCCAUAUCAAUUCUCUCAUGUGUGUCUCAUCCUGAAGCAAAUGGGUCGGAUGGGGUUUGGGUUUCUGGUGAAUUUGUUCAGAUUUCUGAAAUGAAUCAUCUUAUGGUAAAUGACAGCAUGAGAUAUGCAAUUUUGAUGUAGCAACUAAAUUAGUAUGUGAAUAUAUCGUAGCUUUUGUAAUUGCUUGGCUUGGCUUUUUCUAUGAAUUAGAUUGGACCAUAGCUUUCUUCUCUCCUCAAUUUUUCCCUUUUUCUUAUAUUGUCUUAUACUUGGUACUGGUGUUUGCAUGAAUCAACCAAAAGAUGUGACCUACCUUUGGUUUGAAUCCAUGUGAGAGAAUUUUCCUCAUGUGUAGUAAAGAACAAGUACAUGUGUUUGGAAUGGUUAAUUAAUUAUAUGAGUUCUCCUUCUUCCUCC